AUUUAUUUUAUUCAUAAUUGUGAAGGAUGAAUAGUGAUGCUUCCUUAAGAUGGCUUGUUAUUCUUCUAUUCAGUUGCUGUAUUCUACUAUUCGUUCCUUUGCUAUUCACUGCAAUAACAACUGAAUCACUUCAGGAAGGAUUUGUAAAUAUUGGAAAUAAUCCUUGGGCGCUAGCAGCUUUUAGUGACUUUACUGUCGGUUUUGUUUUCAAUCUGACCUUUAUUUGUGUAAGAGAAGCUAGUGAUUUGUAUCAAGUGCCAGGUAGGAAGCCUUCUCUUUGGACUGCCUUUUUCUGGGUGAUACUUGCUUUAUUGGUCGGAAACCCUGCUGUUCUUAGCUACGGCAUAUAUCAACUUGUCAAAGCUCAUAGCAUCAAAAGUGCUUUUUUGGUGACUCUUCCUUCAGACAAAACGGGUUCUCAUUCUUUAUCAAAAACAAAAUGGCUCUAUUGGUUAUUUCAGUUGGCAAUGUUGGGACUGCUCAUCUAUUACAUAGUGAGUUGUUUGAUAGCCCUUAUGAGUCAAUCCAUUGGCGAUGGGUGGCAAUACAUACAAAAGGACCCAUGGGCAUAUUUGACAUUCUUUGAUAACUUGUUGGGAGUUGUGUUUACAAGUGUCUAUAUUGCAGUAUCACAGCAUCCAAAAUGGAUACAUGUGAUAGCAUGGUGGUUGACAUUGUGGUUAUUUGGAAAUGGUGUAACGGCUAUCUUUGCUUUAUGGUUGUGUUGGAGGAAAUAUUCUCUCGGUGAAUCCUUGUUGUAUAGGGAAUAGAAUAUGGAUAUAAAAAAUAUUCUUUUUUU